CAAUGGCAGCUCCUACAGAAAAGCAUUGGCAUUGUGGCCAUGCACAUGCAGCUUCUCCACAACGACCAUGUCGUAAUCUUCGACCGCACCAACUUUGGAUUAUCCAACCUCUCAUUACCCAACGCCAGAUGCCGUAGAAACCAGCGAGAGAUGGUCGUUAAAAACGACUGCACGGCACACUCCGUCGAAUACGACGUCGCUGCCAACAGCUACCGCGCCCUGUUUGUGGAAACCGACACGUGGUGCUCCUCCGGUGCGGUGACGCCGGACGGCACAUUAGUCCAAACCGGCGGUUUCAACGACGGCGAGCGUGCCGUCAGGACCUUCACCCCGUGCCCUAACUGCGACUGGCGGGAAAAUGAAAACGGACUGUUAGUUAAAAGAUGGUAUGCGACCAAUCACAUCUUGCCAGAUGGACGACAGAUAAUAAUCGGAGGUACAAGGCAAUUCAACUAUGAAUUCUAUCCCAAGAAAGAUGCCAUGGAUAGUAACACAUACACCUUACCCUUCCUCCAACAAACAAAUGAUCCAGUUGCUGAGAACAACUUGUACCCUUUCGUCUUCCUCAACGUUGAUGGUAACCUUUUCAUCUUCGCAAACAACCGCGCUAUUCUAUUCAAUUACCAGAAAUCCACUAUCGAAAGAACCUACCCUGCCAUUCCUGGUGGAGAGCCGAGAAGCUAUCCCAGCACCGGCUCCGCCGUGUUACUCCCUCUCAGGAACUUGAGCAAGCCGAAUCUGGAGGCUGAGGUCUUGGUCUGCGGCGGAGCCCCCAGAGGUUCUUUCGAGAAAGCUAAAACAGGAAACUUCAUUCCAGCAUUGAACACCUGUGGAAGGAUCACGAUAACAGACUCGAACCCUAAGUGGGAGAUGGAAACCAUGCCGAGUGGAAGGGUCAUGAACGACAUGGUGAUUCUCCCAAACGGCAACGUUUUGCUCAUCAACGGUGCAGCUCUUGGAACUGCCGGGUGGGAGUUCGGCCGCGAACCGGUUCUCAAUCCGUUUCUUUACAAGACUUAUGGCCGGGCCGGUUCGAGGUUCGAGGUACAGAAUCCAUCAAACAUUCCUAGGGUUUAUCACUCAACCGCGAUUUUGCUUCGCGAUGGUAGAGUCUUGGUGGCUGGAAGCAACCCUCACGGGGGUUACAGUUUCAACAAUGUGACGUUCCCAACGGAGUUGAGAUUGGAAGCUUUUUCCCCUUCUUAUUUGGAUCCCCGCUUUGAAGAUGUUCGUCCCAAAAUCAUAGCUCCUGCUCUUCAGGUCAAGUACGGUCAGAAGCUAACGUUGCGGUUUGGGGUCACAGCGGCAUUGGUUUGGAAUUCGGUGGCGGUUACAAUGGUUGCGCCACCUUUUAACACUCACUCAUUCUCCAUGAACCAGAGGUUGUUGGUGUUGGAAGCAAGUGACGUUAGAGAUGUUGGGAAAUUGAGUUACGAAGUUGAUGUGACCAUGCCCGGUUCAGCCGUUCUUGCACCACCCGGUUUCUAUUUAUUAUUCGUGGUCCACCAAGAAGUCCCAAGCCAUGGUAUUUGGGUUCAGAUACUGUGA